UAUAUAUAUACUGUGUGUGUGUGUUGUGCACUAUAGACUCCAGUCUUCUAACUGUUGCCUUCUGAGCAGUCAUUUCCUUUUCAUAGAGUCUGUCUCGAAGCUUGGCAGUGUCCACAAACUCAUACAAUAUAACACACGUUGUAUGUUUGCACUCGUGCGCAGCAGCCAAUCACGUUAUGGAAUGCUCCAUGUUUCCCGUGCCUUGACCAAUUUCGUUGUUCCGCAGACCUUCUCGGCCAAAGACAAUUUGCCAACGGUCCAGCUACUGGCGCAGCGCACUCCCGCGUUUGUAUAUGUGCCCCGGUGGGGAAGAGCAUGUCGCUGGCAGAAUCACCGUGCGCAAAGAGAGCCAGAGUGCAGCAGUUGCAGCUGCUGUUGCAAGAAAACAGGCGUGAGCUGGCGCAGUGCCGGCAGCGUGUGGCGAGGUGGGCGGCCAAACGUGGUAAUUUAGGCUUGACUUCAGCAGGACAAAAGGCAGUACUUGCUUGCUAUUGCUUGUCAAACUACAACAGCGCCAUUGCCACCAAGCUUGCGCAGCAACUCAGCGACUUGGAGAGAUCUUCCCCCCAGUUUCCGUCAGAACCAUUGGUCCAAUCUCUGUUUCGAGAGACAAACCUUGGAGAGCUCAUGCGGCUGCACAGCGACGAUGAUGAUUGGACAAAAGCCAGAAAUGUGGCCGUUCGCUUUGUGGCAGAGGUGAAGACGGUGGACUAUGUCCACUCGCAAAACAGUCUCCAUGGUGUCGCGCCAACUUCGGCUGAGGUUUUUGCGCAUUUUGCGCAGACACGCUCGGGCGGUUUACCGGAGGUACUCCCAAGCCGCGACUAUAUCAAGAAGUGGGCUGCUGGUUGGCGAAAACGCUUUGGCAUCCGAAGGGCGGCCUUGCCCAUGGCCAUUCCAGCAGAUGCACCGAGCUUGCGGGCAAAGGUGAAAUGCUUCUGGAAGAUGCUGGCGUUUCAGCGUGGUCCAGAGGCUUGUGAUGGUCGUGAGAUUUUGUAUCUCAAUGUGGAUGAAACAAGUGUGCCCUACACUGCACGACCUGCUAUUGGUUGUGUGAUCAACCGCAAGCAGUACAAGGGCUCCGGCCUCCCAGCCGUGCCCCACGCCAAAAUCCAGCCUGCCGGCAGGCGAGGUACUUUUACGUACUGCGCUGUUAUUGCUUCAAAUACAGGAAUUCAACCAGCACUACCCCACUUUCUUGUGAGCACUGGCACCAGGCUGAGCAGCAAGGUAGUGAAGGCCUUCAAGUGCUUGCCGAAGACCCAAUUGCAAGUGCUUCGCCGGAAGAGUGCGUGGGUUACCAGUGAUUUGAUGAUCGCAAUCUUGCAAGAAGUGGCAAAAGCAUUAGAACCGUUUUUGCAUCAAUUUAGGCCGGUAUUGCUCUUGGACGGGGCGCCAGCUCACGUUUCAGAGGCAGUCAUGCGUGCUGCAAGAAAGUUGAACAUUUCGCUGGUAUAUAUUCCAUGUGGAGCAACUAGCCUGUGCCAGCCUUUGGACGUCUAUGCGUUCUCCAGCUUCAAGCAAUACCUCCGCCAGAAAUACCACGAGCACAGGCAGACAGCCACUGAUGGCUUGCCAUCGACUUUAGCGUGGCUGUGGCAAUUAGGCCAGGCGCCAAGGCAAUUUUUUUGUUCCAAGUCUUGGGCCAAAUGUUUCCGCGGAGUUGGGGCCAGUGGCAAAGCCAGCGACCUCCACUCUGUACUUGCCUCUUUCAUGGAGCACCCUACAUGUCUCCCUGCUUCAUCCAAGCCAACGUCAGAGGACGUUCGGCUGAUAUGGCCGCAGAACCGUCGCAUGAAAUACGCAUAUGCGUGUUUGUAUGAUGGUGAAGACUGA